UAUUCCUUGUGCUUUCUACUUUCUCCCUCCCACCCUAUCUAUCCCUUUACUGCUGCUCUUCUCCCAUUACGAUCCACCACGAAUGGCUUCCUCCGAUCUCUCACCCUCCUAUGGUGCAUCGUCCCCGGAUGGACGAUCGAGCCCGAUCGCCAACAGCAACUCUUCCCCGGCCAAUGGAACCGCCGGGCGUGGUACCAAGCGGCGCCGACGGGCCCCCUCCACCAGCCCAUACCCCUCGCCCGGCCCCUAUCUGGCCCCUCCUUUGCCUCGCACCGCCGCCGCAAUGCCGUCCGCCGACGUCCCUCCCUCCUUUACCCCCUCUAGCUCCCGCCGCCGGUUGAGGCGCCAUGAGACGGUGACCCCCUCCACUCCCAUGUCCGCCGACGAGAGCUUCCCCCCGUCCUCCGAGGCUGGGGACGAUUUUGACCCGGUGGACCCUGAGUACGCGGACUCCACUCCCGUGUUCGUCUGGGGGACCAAUAUCAGCGUGCAGGACGUGAACGCGGCCAUCCUCCGUUUCCUCCGCCACUUCCGUGACCCGAGGGAGACCGGUCGGGGGAACGGCCUAAUGGAGGAGGGGAAGUACAUGCGGGCCGUGCACCGCAUCAUGGAGUUGGAGGGCGGGGAGUCUUUGGACGUCGAUGCCCACGACGUGUUCGAUUACGAUCCCGACCUCUAUGGCAAGAUGGUUAGGUAUCCGCUCGAGGUGCUCGCCAUCUUCGACAUCGUCCUCAUGGACUUGGUCGCUCGGAUCGAUCCGUUGUUUGAGAAGCACAUACAAACUCGGAUUUUUAAUCUCAAGUCCUCGGUGUGCAUGAGAAAUCUCAAUCCCUCUGACAUCGAGAAGAUGGUGUCUGUGAAGGGGAUGAUAAUUCGGUGCAGCUCCAUAAUACCUGAGGUUAAGGAGGCUAUAUUUCGUUGCCUAGUCUGUGGUCAUCACUCAGAACCCAUCCUUGUCGACAGAGGACGAAUAAAUGAACCUACUAGGUGUGGAAGGCAGGAAUGUCUGGCCAUGAACUCAAUGACUCUGGUUCACAAUCGAUGCAGAUUUGCAGAUAAACAGAUUGUGAAGUUGCAGGAGACACCAGAUGAGAUACCAGAAGGAGGGACUCCACACACUGUCAGUAUUUUGAUGCAUGACAAACUUGUGGACUCUGGAAAACCUGGAGACAGAGUUGAGAUUACAGGUAUAUAUAGAGCAAUGAGUGUCAGAGUAGGGCCAACUCAGAGGAUGGUAAAGUCUAUAUUUAAGACGUACAUUGAUUGCCUUCAUUUAAAGAAGACAGAUAAGUCUAGGCUUCACAUAGAUGAUCUGAUGGAUGUUGAUAAUAGUUCCAAUAGCAGGACAAUCGAAAACGAUACUCCUGAUUAUCAAGAUAAGGUAGAUAAACUAAAGGAGCUAUCGAAAUUGCCUGAUAUAUAUGACAGGCUAACCAGGUCCCUGGCGCCAAACAUAUGGGAAUUGGAUGAUGUGAAAAGAGGUCUUCUCUGCCAGCUUUUUGGGGGCAAUGCUCUUAAGCUUGUAUCUGGGGCUAGCUUCCGAGGUGACAUCAAUAUCUUGUUAGUUGGAGAUCCUGGGACCAGUAAAUCUCAGCUGCUUCAGUACAUCCACAAACUUUCUCCACGAGGCAUUUACACAAGUGGGAGAGGGAGCUCUGCAGUCGGUUUGACUGCUUAUGUUUCUAAGGACCCAGAGACUGGUGAAACUGUUCUUGAAAGUGGUGCAUUGGUUUUGAGUGACAGAGGUGUUUGCUGUAUUGAUGAGUUUGAUAAAAUGUCUGAAAAUGCACGCAGCAUGUUGCACGAGGUAAUGGAACAGCAAACUGUAUCAAUUGCAAAGGCUGGAAUAAUUGCUUCUUUAAAUGCCAGGACUUCAGUCUUGGCUUGUGCAAAUCCUAGUGAAUCUCGUUAUAAUCCUCGGCUCUCAGUGAUUGAUAACAUCCACCUUCCUCCGACAUUGCUUUCCAGGUUUGAUUUGAUUUAUCUGAUUUUGGACAAAGCGGAUGAACAAACAGACAGACGUCUGGCUAAGCAUAUUGUCUCUUUGCAUUUUAAAAAUCCUGAGACAGUAGUGCAGGAUGUUCUUGACCUUCCUACCUUAGUUGCAUACAUCAGCUAUGCAAGGAAGCACAUUCAUCCACAGAUAUCUGAUGAAGCUGCUGAAGAAUUGACACGCCAGUAUGUUGAAAUGAGGAAAAGAGGAAAUGCACCAGGAAGCAGGAAGAAGGUUAUUACUGCAACAGCUAGGCAAAUUGAGAGCUUAAUUCGCCUUAGUGAAGCAUUAGCUCGCAUGCGAUUUUCAGAAUGGGUUGAAGUUCGAGACGUGGCAGAAGCAUUUAGAUUGUUGGAAGUUGCAUUGCAGCAAUCAGCAACAGAUCAUUCCACUGGGACUAUUGAUAUGGAUCUUAUCAUGACUGGAAUCUCUGCAAGUGAAAGGACUAGACGUGAGAAUCUAGUUGCCGCAACGCGCAACCUUGUAAUGGAGAAGCUGCAACUUGGAGGACCCUCAACUCGAUUAACAGAGUUGCUGGAAGAGCUCAGGAAGCAAAGUUCUAUUGAAGUUCACCUCAAUGAUUUGCGUAAUGCACUUGCUACUCUCAUGAGCGAGGGAGUGGUCGUUCUUCAUGGAGACUGUGUCAAGAGGAUAUGAUGAAUCUGCUACAAAUAUAGCCUCCUAUUGCCUCAACUGGUUUGAAGCUUUAAUACAUAACCCAGUAGCUUAUCGGAAACUGGAGAUGCUGCUACUGCAUUUCUGGCUGUGAAGCUGGGAGAUUUAACUGGCCUGUAUGAAGAAAAUUCCAGUUGUUUCUAUUGAUUUGUCAGCAGCAUAGAUAAUUAUAGCUAUAUCUUGAUCAUUGAAGUGUUACUAAUGAGUAGUCAGUUGUAGGACCUGUAAUGAUCUUUUUUUUUUAUUAGGGAGUCACGCUAGUUUCUUGGUCCAUAUUGUCUGGUUUGCAGUAUUGAUAGGUCCUUUCAACAUGCUAACUGCCUCACCAGUUCAUCUUUUGUUGUGUUAAUUUUGUUGACUAAAAGUCUUAACUCCUGUAAUAGUUUCAUGUACCUGGAAUUGAAUGCUUAUUGAUGUCUAAUCCCAUGAAUGUUUCAGGUGUAAAACCAAGCAAUUCUAUGUA